AUGUCCUCUUCAAAUCCUAGAGGAGGAGGACAAUCAUCAUCGCGAUAUGGUAAUGAAUACUCAGAUUAUGGUAAAUCCAGAAGGAAAAAUUUUUUCUCAUCAUCGACUACAUCAGCGUCUAUCAAAUCAAACACUAACUCAACCACAAACAAUACUACUUCAUCAUCAUCAGUGCCGAGUUUAUCGCGACGAGAUUUCAAAAGUAAUGGACCAGGCUCAUCUUCAUUAACUCAUCUGAAAGAUCCUUCAAGUAAUACAUCAAAUAGACCAACUUCAUCUUCAUAUUCAUCAUCUAAUUAUUAUUCAAAUUCGUACGGUAAUUACGAUACAUCAUACUACAAUGGAAGAACAGAUAAUUGGAGGAAAAGCUCUUCCAAAGCUGGAGAUUCUCGACUAUCUAUGUCAAGCCAUAAACCUACAGGAUCGGCUUCAUCAUCUGCUUCAACCACAACGUCAAAUUCUUCCUUAAUAUCUCCCUCAACCAAUUAUAGAAAUGGAAAUUCAGAUUAUAGAAAAGACCGUUAUGAUUCAUAUAGUACACCAGAAACAGGAAGUAAAUGGAAAAGGUCUUCUCAAUCAACUAGAUUUUCAGCGAAAGAUAGAAUACGGAAAGGUAAAAAUCCAGUCACCUCGAGUUACACUUCUGGAAGUAAUAACGUACCCUUAGGAUCAUCGAAUCCUAACAUAGAAUCUUACAGAUCGUCUAAUUAUAGCACGGAUCCGUAUUAUACAUCAUCAAAAUCAUAUGGGUCAUAUUAUUCCAAAACAGUUGAUCGAUACUCAUCUGCAUCACAAUUUAAAAAUUCAAAUUCAUAUUCAAAACCAAGAGAUAAAUAUAAAUAUUCAAAUUAUGGCAAAAGCACAUUAAUCAAUCCAGCUGAGAAACGAGCCAAAGAGUAUGAAAUUGAAGGAAAUGAAGAUCAAGAUGGUGAAGAUGGUGAUCAAGAAGAUGAUCAAGAUGAACUGGAGGAAGAAAUGCAAGAACAAGAGGAGAAUGUUGAUAAUAUUGAUUCGAAGGAGUCUUUGAUCAAGGACGAGAAAACAGAAACGACAAAAAUUGAACCUAAAAUCCAAAGCGAAGAAUUAGAUGAGGAAAUUGAGGAAGAAAGUGAAGUAGAUAAUAUCGAAUCUAAAUUAAAGUCUGCUAAGACUCCACCUCCACUUUUACCAAUAAAAGAAGAGAUCAAAUAUGAUAUUGCAAAAGAUGAUUCCAAGUCAGAAGUGGAAGGAUUAUAUAAAUAUCCCUUACCCAAGUUGCAACAGCAAUUUGAAGACAUGCAGAUUCAAUUUUUAAAUGAUCAAUCAAAUUUGAAGUAUAAGAAUGAAAAACCAGUUAAUUCAUUUUUGGAUUAUUCAUUUUACAUUAAUAACUACGUUGAUUUCAAACAAAAGAAGGAAAAACUUAUUCAAUUAGUAAGUGGGAAAGAGAAAGAAUUAAGGUUGAAGACAUUAAAAUUAUGGAACACCUAUAACAACCUAUCCAAAAAGGCUGAUAUUGCGAGGACCAAGAUGGAUCAGCAACUUCGAGUUAUACAUCCGGCUGAUGAUGAAAUGAGGAAAGAAAUUGAUUCGAGUGAUUUGAAAAAACAAAAUCAACAAAUUGUUAGUGCUAAUACAAAUAAUAAUGCAUCUCCUGUUUUGGAUCUGCCAGUUACAGUAUCAAGUAGACGAAGUAGCAGAAGGCAUGGUGAUUUGGUAACGACUGAAGCUGAAUUUCAGGAGAUUUUACUCACUUUAGGUCAGCAACAAGAUGAUCCUUUAGAAAAAGCACGAAGAGUUGCAGCUGAUAUACCUGAUUUAAUUUUAGAUCCGAUAAAAAAGAAAAAUUUAAAUUUCAUGGACUCGAAUAAUAUUGUUAAAGAUAAAACAGAAUGGAGUCAAAGAGUUAAAUCGGAUUUUUAUAAUACAUUUUCUGAUCGAGAACAUGAAUUAUUCAGUGAAGCAUUUUGUUUAUUUCCUAAACGUUUUGGAGCAAUUUCAAGAUAUAUGGGUGGUUUAAGAACUGCAUCUGAUUGUGUUGUUCAUUAUUAUAUGACUAAAAAGGCAAUUAAUUAUAAACAAUUGUUAAUCCAACAUAGAAAAGCUAGUAAGAAAAGUAAAAAAGCGAAAAAUGGAGUUAGAAUUAAAACAGUUAAUGUUACUAAUAAUUCUUCUGAAUUAACUCAGAAUGAUGAAGGACCAAUUGUUUCACAGGAAAUUACUAUUGCAGAGGGUGAACAAAAUCUGGUUUCAACUGAAGGAACUCCAUUAGAACUACAAACACCAAAUGUUGCAACUCCAAUCAUUUCAGCAAAUACUGAUUCCAUUGUCCAAGAACAACCACUACCACCACCUGCUCAAGAAAUUGUUGGUAAAAAGCGUGCAUCAGCCAAACCCAAAACAGAAAGGAAAAGACCAGCAAAGGUAAAAGAAGUUGGACCUGAUGGACAACCUUUUGAGAAAAAGAAAAGAAAAUCUAAAAAGGCAGAAGGAGAACCAGUUGAAAAGAAAAAGAGAGUUAAAAAGACUCAACCUGUUGCAACUGAAUAUAUAUUACCAGCAACUGGGAAAAUAUCGAUUGAAACUUUAACAACAUCUGAUCAACAACCUCAAGCGGGUAUAAAUCCACCUUCUUUACAAUCUUUUAGUCAUCAGCAACAACCACAACAAUCACCGGCUCAGCAAUAUGCUCAAUUACUUCAGCAAUAUCCAAACUCACAGCAGCAACAACAUCAACAACAACAGCAAUACCAGUAUCAGCAACAACAACAACAAUAUCAGCAUUAUCAACAAUAUCCACCACCAUCACUCCCACAAUAUCAACAAUACUCUCAAAGAGUUCCCCAACAACAACAACCUCAAUAUUAUUCAUCAUCAGUUUUUCCAUCAAUUAGGAAUUUAAUAUCAGAUCAACAUCAACUGCAACCAUUACCUUCUCCUCCACCUCCACCACCUCCUUCCAAUUCUUAUAAACAACAAAAUAGUUUCUCCAAUAUAUUGAAUUCUAGUUCAUCGUCUGUACCAACUAGAAAAAGUUCAAUUAUGAAUUUAUUAAAUAAUGAAGAACCAUCAAGACAACCUCAAAUCCAACAACAACAACAGCCACAGAUGCAUCCACUACAUUUCCAACACCAAGCACUGAUGCAACAUCCACCACAAUAUCAACUGCAAGCACAAUUUCAACAACAUCAACAUCAACAACCUGUAAUACAACAACCUCCUCCACAUAACCCUCAACAACAUUCUCAACAACCUCAACAACAACAAAGAACUAAAACGAAUUUACGAGAUUUACUUAAUUAA